GGCGGGAAACGCCUCAUAAACCACACAAUUCGCACCGUAGAAAUUCCAGUUUCCAACUUCUGUGAAAACAUGUGUUAUAUGGAGCCCGACUGUGUCAGCAUUAAUCUUUAUACACGGGCAGAUGGAAAUGGAAACUAUAAAUGUGAACUGAACAAUGCUACUCAUGAAGGACACGAAGGAAAGUUGAUAGAACAAGAAAUGUAUGUUUAUCACGCAGCUGAGAGCAAUUGUGUUGAAAAUCCCUGUAAGAACAAUGCUACUUGUCAAAGCGGAUUUACUAAGAAAGGUUUUCGGUGUCUGUGUAUCGCUGGAUUUGAGGGUCCGAUUUGCGAAAGAGACAUCAACGAAUGUGUUCGUGGGCUACACAAAUGCAGCUCUGAUGCGUUUUGCAGCAAUACUAAAGGUUCCUACAAUUGCACUUGCAAACAUGGAUUCACGGGAAAUGGACGAGAAUGUAAAGACAUCAACGAAUGUGUUCGUGGGCUAGACAAAUGCAGCUCUGAUGCAUUUUGCAACAAUACCAAAGGGUCUUACAACUGUACAUGUAAACCUGGAUUCACUGGAAAUGGACGCGAAUGUAAAGGAGCUUCCUCGUGUAAAGAAAUUCAUGACAUGCAAAAAUCCAAUGUGAGUGGUGUGGUUACCCUUCUUGUUGACUCCCAACCAUUGUCCGUUUUCUGUCACAUGGGAAAUUUUGGGUGUGGAGAUGGAGGAUGGACGCCAGUCAUGAAGAUUGACGGCAGAGAGACCACCUUCCAUUAUGAUGAGCAUUACUGGAUAAAUGAUCAAGGAUACAAUCUUCCCGGAGGAGAGACUGGGUUCGACGGACAAGAGUCAAAGCUACCCACCUACUGGAACACAUCCUUCUCCAAGAUCUGUCUCGGUAUGAAGAUCAACCAACAGCUCAGGUUCAUUGUCAUCCACAAGCAGGCUGACUCUCUGCACUCACUGAUCGCUGAUGGCCAAUACCGCGCCACCUCACUUGGUCGUGACAAGUGGAAAGAGUUGAUUGGUUUCCAAGGCUCGUUACAGGCCAACUGCAACAAAGAAGGGUUUAAUGUCGUUUGUAGUUGGAGAAGUUAUUCUAAAGCCAGAAUUGGUAUUGUUAGCGAAAACAAGAAUGAGUGUGGCUCGUGCGACUCAAGGAUCGGAUUUGGCACAAAAGGGCAACCUGACGAUUCAAACACGUGUGGUAACGAGGCCGUUAAUAAUCCAGAUAAUGGAAACAAACACCUCAAAGCCAUGGGAUACAUCCUGGUACAAUAAAUAUGACCCGGGUUUCGCAAAAUAAACCUAAUAAUAAGUCUAAUUGUCGAUUAGU